AUGAAACCAGUACGACAGAAGAAAAGAAAUCAUGGGGAGGCAAGAAAUUUAGCCGCCGCUGCUGAAGUACAGAAGUUAAUGGACGCAGGCUUCAUACGUCCAUGUCAGUAUCCAGACUGGGUAGCCAAUGUAGUACUGGUACCUAAGCCCAAUGGGACGUGGAGGAUGGGCAUUGAGGCCAAUCCUGACAAGGUACAGACCGUCAUCACUAUGACGUCGCCAAAGACAGUUAAAGAUGUGCAAUGCUUGACUGGUUGCCUUGCCGCCUUGGGACGAUUUUUGUCUAGUGCUGGAGAUAAGUGUCAUUACUUUUUCAGUACCAUAAAAAAGGGGACCCAAUUUGAAUGGACGCCACAGGCAGAGGCUGCCUUCCUCCGUUUGAAAGAGCAUCUGCACACUCUGCCGCGGCUAGUCAGCCCUCUCUCAGGGGAGAGGGAUGGAAUGCAACUACCUGUCUAUUUCGUCAGCCACAUGUUCCAGAAUGCAGAGCUUAAGUAUCCAACUGUUGAAAAAUUCGGCUUCGCGCUAUUCUUAGCUAGCAAGAAGCUUCGCCCUUACUUCUUGGACCAUCGGCUGAUAGUGUACACAGAUCAACCUCUGAAACGGCCAUUUACUAACCUGGAGGCGUCCGGGAGAAUGCUCAAUUGGGAAAUCGAGCUUAAUGCAUUUGAUAUUUCAUAUAAGCCGCGGAAGGCCAUACAGGGGCAGGCUUUUGCUGAUUUUAUUGCAGAAAUGACUAGGCCACUCUACUUGAAAAAUGAAAAGACUCAAUGGGUAGUCCACGUGGAUGGCUCUGCCACCCAAAAUGGGUGUGGAGCCGGCAUUAUCUGUGAAUCACUAGAAGGGGAUGUCUAUGAAUAUGCAAUGCGUUUCAACUUUCAGACGUCAAACAAUGAAGCUGAAUAUGAAGCCUUGAUAUGCGAAAUCCAAAUGAGCAAAGCAGGCGGGGCAGCAGAGGUCCUGGUCUUAUCCGACUCACAGUUAAUUGUCAGUCAAGUAAAGGGAGAAUAUGAAGCCAAUGAUGACACCAUGAUAAAAUACUUGGAAAAAGUCCGCCAAGAAGCACAGCAGCUGACUAGCUUUGAAAUACAACACAUACCACGGUCUGAAAAUAGAAAGGCAGACGCCUUAUCCAAGUUGGCAAGCUCAGCAUCCUGCGGCACACCACAUCAUGUAUUUUGGGAGGUAAAACAGUCCAAGAGCAUUGACGUCUUGAGGACAGACAUCUUAGACCGAACGGCCACCUGGAUGGAUGAUAUUGUCAAUUUCAAAAUGAAUGGUGUGCUCCCUAAAGACCCCAAGCAGGCGGAAAGGUUACAAAAGAAAUUCACCUGGUUCGAGAUAUGGAAUGGGACUUUAUACCAAAAAGCUUUCUCGCGGCCUCUUCUUCGCUGCGUAACCCCAGAGAAGGGGCAUGAAGUACUGGAGGAUCUCCAUCAGGGAUUAUGCAGCUCACACAUAGGGGGGAGGGCCUUGGCAGAAAAAGCUCUAAGAACUGGAUAUUAUUGGCCCACUCUCAAAGAAGACGCUCUUGACUUGGUUAAGCGGUGUGAUAAAUGUCAACGGUUUGCUCAUCUAAUUCGACGACCGGCUCAGAAACUAACACCCAUCACCAGUCCUAUACCAUUUGCUAAAUGGGGGAUGGACCUAUUAGGCCCUUAUACGACGGCCCUAGGGGGACUGCGCUAUGUGAUAGUUGUUGUCGACUAUUUCACCAAAUGGGUAGAAGCUGAAGCCCUGAAAAACACCAAGGCACAGGACUCCAUUGUCUUUGAUAAUGGGCCACAAUUCAAGACACCUAAGUUGGAAAGCUGGUUGGCUGAUCACGGCGUCACGGCAUGUUUUGCAUCAGUUGGCCGCCCUCAAGCAAAUGGACAGGUAGAAGCAUUCAACAAGAUCAUCUCUGAAGGGAUGACAAAGAAGCUUGAUGAAGCAAAAGGGUUGUGGGCCGACGAAUUACCCAAUGUCUUAUGGUCUAUACGAACAACAGCAAAAAAUUCCACAGGAGAAACACCAUUCUUAUUAGCAUAUGGAGCUGAGGCCGUCCUACCAAUUGAAAUGUGUGAACCAACUCUGCGCGUCAUGCUAUUUAAUGAAGAUGCCAAUUGGGAAAUGAUGAAAGCGGCCUUGGAUUUCUUGCUUGGAACCAGAGGGAACACGGCUCUACGCCAACAGCUAUACAAACUCCGAAUGACUAGGGAGUACAACAAAAGAGUCUCCGGAAGAAUCUUAAAGGUUGGAGAUUUCGUGCUAAGGAAGAUGGAGGCCGUUGGACGUGCUAAUGAACAAGGGAAGCUCACCCCUACCUGGGAAGGUCCAUACGAAAUCUAUGAAUAG